AGCGAGUGUCCACCAACAAGAUUUAAAAAGAGAGACAGAACGAUCUUCACAGGAGGGGAGGUCAGAUCCCAGAGGCCGAAAACGCAGCACUUUUGGAAGGACCUCUUGUAGAAUAAUCAUGGUGGUCAUCUUUACUCCAGUGAUCAUUGUGCUCCUGUUGUUGACACACAAUUCCCAGGGUGCUGUCCAAGUCAAGGAUGGUGAAUUUUCUUUCCCACUGGAAUCAGUGAUGAAAAUGAAGGAACUCCUGGGAAAAGAUGCCAGACCUGGUUUUUUCAAAGCCAGAAGUCAGAGCCUGGACACCUUCUCACAACUCUGUCUGAAUCCAGAGCUGCCAAAGGAAUUGCGCCCAGUCUGUGCCAGAAAAGAUGCUCCUGAAAUUUUCAGAAGACUUGAACUUGCUGUGCAUGACGCUGACUUGUGUGAACUCUGUGUCAACGCUGCGUGCAGCGGCUGUUAGGGAACAUGGAGGAAACCAUUGGCCCAACCCAGUGGAAGACUUGAGAUGCUGGAUUGUCGGUAAUGAACGCCUUUACUUCAAUCUGUCAGAGGACUUCUGUCAAUAACGUCAAUUAACUUUUGGGUCAGCUACCAAGGAAGGAGCAGAGAGUUUAGACCUCAUAAGAAUGCUUUUGGAAUCUCCACAACUCCGCAUGUCUCUUGACACCUGGAUUCUGAAGCCCCACAUCUCCCGAUCGUGUUUCUGAAGCAGGACCUCUGAUAUUAGAAAUUCUCCACCGAUUCGAUUCUGACUGUCACAACAAGUCGGUUUCUUCAGUUCAUCCAUAGCUGCCUUCCCUUGCAAUACCAAUGGGCAUGCACGCUUUGAUAAACCGAAGCAAAAAUUCAGCAAUGGUAGGAAUGUCCCUACAACUGCCUCAAGAUUCUUUUUGAGUAUUGAUGCACAUCAAUACAAUACCUUGCCCCCACCCCCCACCCCCAGAAUUCUGGUUGUGACCAUUAGGACAGCUUUUCUUCAGAGCUUCCCCAAUGCGGUAAUGAAACCGAAAGAACUGAACGCUGUGACAAACUGUGCAUGCUCUGAUUCUGGAAUUGACUGUACUCAAUUCUCUGUUGGUGCCGCUGGGUCUCAAAGGAGUGAGAAACAGCCCUUGCAGUGUUGCAGGAACCACUGGGUCUCUGGAGGAUGCAGAUGAGAAUUUGAUUUGCAAUCAGCUUAUUUCCUCCACUGCUUCCGGGCACAACUGCUUCCCACAGACCUCCUCCCCACUCCAGCCAUGAUCCUUGGAGUGCUUCUAAAUCCUAGAUCCACAUUCAACCAGGGUGUAGGAGAAGUCGUACUUCUACAAAACCUGAGAGUCGUAAUCAGAGAUGUGUGCAGUCGAAAUACAUCCUAUAGCCCAGUAUAGGAACAAUAUCACAUGCACACUAAUCUAGGACUCAUUCUAGGAUGCUCAGGGAAUCUGUCAUGUAAAGAUUAUGAUAAACAACCAGUAUUUGCUGGACAAUAACUCAGUGUUCCAGUUGAUUCAGAAAUAUCCCCCACGAAGUCUUGUUAGAACUGCUCCUGUAUUUAGAGCUGCUUGACCUUUCCCCACUCUGUACAC